AAGGAUUCUCCUCGAUUGCGGAAGGGCUUUACCCGGGAGUAAUGUGCCAGGAAUACAGAUAAAUUCCUCCCGAAGAGGGAUUUAUAAAUAAAAUGGUUGCACAAACUGAUGGAGUUGCAAAGAAAAGGGAUUAUGAAGAUGAGGAAACUGGAGGAGAGAAACGGAAGGCUAAAAGAAAGAGGAAGAAUGAGAAAAAUGACAUUCACUCAAAUGAUCAGAAAAUGAAACUUCCCAGUGAAGUGAAGACUCCCUGUUUGUCUGCUUGGAGGUUUGGAGAAGGCCAAAUCACUCAUGAGCAACUGCGCGAAUUCCUCAAGUAUGCCACGCAGGGAAAACAGCACAAUGUCACUCCGCCCAGUUGGUGUCGCAUCCACCACCAAAGGCACGUGGCUGGUGUAAUGGUGGUCAUUUUACAUCACGUGGAUCAGCUCCAUUUCUACCGGUACUACCUGCAGUUCAAACAUCUCCGAAGGACCUUCAAACACGUAAGUCACGGAUGUUUAUCCAUCAGGUGGGAUGGCUAGUCUGGGAAAUUUGUGUACGAUAUGGCAGUCCUCGCAGAACAAGGAGCCCGGCGUGGAGGGUAAUUAACUCACCGUAAAACCACGCGGGAGCAUAACAAG